AUGGCAGCUCGAGAUGAGCAGGAGCGUGCUCGGCUCCGAAGCCUCGGGGAAGUGAUGAAGACCCGGAUCCCGGAGCGUGACAUGAACCGUUCCGAGCGCAAGCAGCAGAAGUCGACGCAGCGCAAGCACGCGAUUGAGGAAUCCAGGCGUAAGGCUGCUGCCGACACUGAGGUCGCCACUCUUCAGAUGCGACUCCAUCAGCUCAAGGAACAGCAGGCCCCGGAACGGGACGACCUCCAGCACCAGUUCGAGAAGGCAGUUGCGCAGCAGCGCGUGGCAGCUUUCCAGGAGGCGCAAGCCAUUUCCAGGGAUGCCGAGCGCAUGCGCGACGAAGCAAUCGCUGGAGCUGAGGCCGCUGCGGACCGUGUCAAGCAAGAAGAGGAGCGCGCUCAGAAGGAACGUCAUCAUCGUGCCCAAGAGGAACAAGCUCGGAGAGCGCUGGAUCAGGAGCGCUUUGACGCACAGCAAGAAGAGAUCCGGAUACUUCGGGAGCAGAUCGCGGCAGCCAACCAUCCACGAGGGCGCAGCCCAUCCCCAUGA